AUGGAGCGCCAGCACGGGUGGGAGGGGCUGAGGGGCGACCUGGAGGCCGAGUGGGAGCGCCGCCGCGACGCGGCGGCCGAGGCGGCCGCGCGGGGCGCCGCGGCGGCGGGCGGCGCGGAGGACCCGAGCGGGAUGCUGCGCGAGCUUGAUGGGCCCUGGGCAAAAGCCGCAAAGGCGGCGUCGGACGCGCUGUCUUCUGCGGCGCGCGCCGCGGCCGCGGUCCCGCCGACGGCGCUCAACCCGAUGACGCGCGCGCGCGAGCGGCUCGCCGCGCGAGCAGAGAGCGAGCGCGAGGCGCUCGGCGCGGCGGCGGCGCGGAGGGCGGGGCUGGAGGCGGCGGCGCGGGUCCUGAAAGAGGUGGACUCCGCUUUCGGGCGGUCAGGGAUCCCCUCAUUCGUUCUGGAGGGCCUUUUGGGGGAGCUUCAGGCCAAAACCAGCGACCACCUGCAGCAGCUGGCCACAGGCAUGGCCCUGGAACUACGCGCCACCCGCCAGCUGGGCAGCAGCAGCGGCGUCGGCGCCGCGGCGGUCGCGUCGGCGGCGGGCGGGAAGCGGGCCGCGGGGCGCCGGCGGGCGGCCGCGGGCGCGGGCUUGUCGGCGGACGAGGGUGUGGCGGAGGAGGGGGUUUUGGAGUCGUCUUCCCUGUAUCCAGAGGAGCGCACUAAAGAGGAGAUCAUCAAAGUGGUCAAGGUCCGCGCGGCCAACGGGGAGCUGCGGGAGCGCGCGGUGGAGCAGCUCAGCGGCGGCGAGCGCAAGCGCGCGGCGCUGGCGCUGGCGCUGGCGUUCACGCAGGUGGCGGCGGCUCGGGGGCGGCUGAGCAGUAACCUGCUCAUUUUGGACGAGGUGCUGGAGAAGCUUGAUGGGGAGGGCUGCGCGCGCGUGGCCGCGCUGCUGGCCGGCCUGCCGCACACCUCCAAGAUCGUGGUCGGCCAGGCCCACUCAUUCGUGACUGACACAUUUGCGGCGAUCGACGUCGUCGUCAAGCGGGGUGGCGCCGCGUCCAUACAGCUGGCCGCCGGCGCAACCGCGCCCGCGCCGCCCCUCCGGGCGUCGGAGGCGGCCGCCGCCAAGGCCGCGCCGGCGGCGGCGGCGCGGGAAGGGGAUGCGCAGGAGGGCGGAGGCGCGGCGAUGCCGGCGCCGCCGGCUGCGGGCAAGAAGGUGGCGCGGCGCACGCGGCGCAGCACUCGUAAUUUAGACAGCAGCGGUUCGGAAGAUGGAGGGGUGGCUGUGGGAGCGUAG